UUCGAGUCCAUUGAGGAAAAGCUAAGAUGGCGGCGGCUGGAGGUAGCGGCGAUUUGGACGCAGGAGGCCACGGCGACACAGAUGUCAGCCUGCCUGGACUGGAGGGCGAGGCUGGGUCAGACUCAGAGCCUGACUCAGAGGUGUUUUCGUGCGUGACCCACUGCUCCGACCUCGCCUGCCGCCAGAACGAGCAGCGGCGGUUAGGCCUCUUCUGUGACGUCACGCUAGCUUUCAGUGGCGGCAGCAAUGAGGAAGAAGAGGAGGAGGGAGGGAUGGGCGGGGCCUCCUUCGAUCCCCCACCGCGAGAGUUCCGGGCGCACCGCUCGGUCCUGGCAGCGGCCACCGAAUACUUCGCUCCUCUCCUUCUGGGCGACUUUGCGGAGUCCCGCUCGGGGCGGGUGGAGUUACGGAAAUGGAGUUCGGGAGCGGGACCAGACCCGGAGACGAUCGAGGCGAUCAUCAGCUUCAUGUACACGGGGACCGUCCGCGUCAGUCCUGGCAACGUGCACGACAUUCUGGAGUUGGCCGACAGGUUCUUACUAAUACGUCUAAAAGAGUUCUGCGGGGAAUUCCUCAAGAAAAAACUGAGUCUCUCCAACUCUGUAGCCAUUCACAGCUUAGCUCAUAUGUACUCUUUGAACCAGCUGGCUAUAAAAGCUGCCAAGAUGAUCAGGAGAAACUUCUACAAAGUCAUCGAAGAUGAAGAGUUCUAUACUUUGCCAUUUCACCUUAUUAGGGACUGGCUUUCAGAUUCAGAAAUCACAGUGGAUGCCGAAGAGAUUCUCUUUGAGAUGGUUUUAAAGUGGGUCCAGAGAAAUCCUGACGAAAGGGAAAAGUACUUUGAAGAGCUCUUUAAGCUUCUCCGACUAUCACAAAUUAAACCAACCUAUUUGACUCGGCAUGUUAAAUCUGAAAAACUGGUAUCAAGCAAUGAAGCAUGCCUCAAACUUGUGUUGGAAGCAGUGGAAAGCCAUGCUCUCAAGGGUGAGAAUUUUCAGAUGGGUACACUCCAACAAGCUAACUCCCCCAACUCAACUCUGCCUCGUUUUGGCCAAAACAUGGAUGUUAUCAUGGUUAUUGGUGGUGUGUCUGAGGGAGGUGAUUACUUGAGUGAGUGUGUGGGGUAUUUUAUUGAUGAAGAUAGAUGGGUGAAUUUACCACACAUACACAAUCACCUUGAUGGACAUGCUGUGGCUGUAACCAAAUCCUAUCUUUAUGUGGCAGGUUCCAUGGAGCCUGGCUUUGCCAAGACCAUGGAAAGGUAUAACCCAGGUAGAAAUGUUUGGGAGCAGGUUUCAAAUCUCAUAACCAGGAAGCAUUCUUUUGGAUUUACUGAGGUAAAGGGAAACCUGUACAGUAUUGGUGGCCAUGGGAAUUUCAUCCCUGGUUUUAAAGAUGUAGCUGUCUACAACCCUGAUCAAGAUAAGUGGCACAACUUAGAGUCUGCCCCAAAGAUACUCCGGGAUGUUAAAGUGAUUACAAUAGACAAUAGAUUUGUUUACAUGGCAGCUCGCACACCAGUUGAUGGAGAUAAUGAAGAUGGCUUAAGGUCUGUCGUUAUUCGCUAUGAUGCAGACACACGACAGUGGCGAGAUUGUGAGGCUCUGCCAUUCCUUGACAACUAUUGCCGCUUCCAAAGAGUUGUGGGGAACACCAACUUUUACCACACCGCUUCUUGUUGUCCCAGAAGCUAUCCUCUAGACCAUGAAGAUACCAAGAGAAUCUCUAACCAAUUAUCUGAUGAUAUUCUGGAAACCUUACCAUCAGAGGUCCUUAGCAUUGAAGGGGCAGCUAUCUGCUAUUACAAAGAUGAUAUCUUCAUCAUAGGUGGAUGGAAGAACAGUGAUGAUACUGAUAAACAGUACAGAAAAGAGGCCUACCGCUACUGUGCUGAGAAGAAGCGUUGGCUGUUACUUCCUCCUAUGCCUCAGCCUCGCUGCCGUGCUACAGCUUGUCAUGUUAGAAUCCCCUUUCGGUCCUUACAUGGUACCCAAAAAUAUCCAGUGCCACAAAACCUAAUGUGGCAGAAGGACCGGAUCCGGCAGAUGCAGGAGAUACACCAACAUUCCUUAAGUUUACGGAGAAUGCCUAGGUCUCAGAUAGAAUGCUAGUUUGAAUAAAUGAUAUCAGAAAUAUCGAUCUGUAAUUGUCAUGCCUGGCAUGGACUAAUAGUCACCAAACUGCUUAAGCAUUGGAGACAAAGCUUUCUUGGUGUUGAAUUUGAUCUGGAUUUCAAGCACCACAUGGAAAUUUGGUUUAUAUUAGCCAUAUAUGUGAAGGUAAGCAGACAUAUAAAAUGCUUAGAACCUGUUGGUUUCUCCAUAGAUGUGAGCCCGAUAAAGAAUCAAACAAAAUAAUUGUUCUUGCACUUUGUGAAUGUGUUCAGGUAAAAUUAAAAAUUCAGCACAGCCUUUUUCUUCCCCUCUAACAUUUUUUUGUAUGUGGAUUUUUUUGUUUGUUUUGAAUCAUCUCAUCUUACUUUAAGCAUUAUACAAGUCAUGUGAAGUAUUUCAGUUUGUUCUAAAGUGCUGAUAUGUAUGUAAUGGACCAUUUCAAGGUUUUCUUAAGUUUUUUUGGAGAGGCAUUUCUCUUUUGUUAUAAAUUUCUCUAAUUUGGAAAUGUAAAAUAGCUAAAAUAAAAACUCUACUAAGAGGAAUAAAGCACAAACUUUCUAAGAACUUAGAAAGAAUAUUCCGUGAUAAUAAGUAUCCUAUAGUUUUAUUUAUCAAAAAGCGCUUGAGAUUGUUUAAACAUUCCUUUAAAAACUUCACUAUAAUUUUAGUGAUUACUGUUCUUCCUUUCAGUAUCCCCACUUGUUUCUCAUUAUUUUUUUUCCAGUUAAGUAUUAUGGCCUUAAAAAUGAUUGAAAACACCAAAAAAAUAUCAUAAUUUAUAAUUGAAGCACUUAGGAAUUCAUUAUGCAGGGUUAAAGUUGUAUAAACUUGGGUGUCAAUAUUUGGGUAAGUAAGUCUCAAUACCAUCUGAUCUAUCUUUGACAAUCAAAUCUAUUUGUCUUAAUGUGACACCAUUCUUUGUGUGGACAGUACAGGAUGUAAGGCUGUUCAAUUGGAAAAUUUGCCUGAAUAUUCUUGAAUUGAAUUCACAUUGUCCAAGUCUUGCCUUUUGGCAGCAUAUAAAAUUUAUUCUCACGCAAAUAAUUCAAAUGAUUGAGAUACUGUAAAUUAUUUACUGCUUUCUCUCCAUUCCUUUAACCUAGUAGCAUGCAGAAUCCUAUACUGUAGGUUCUGGUAGUUUUAUGAAGAUACAGUAUAUAUUCAGAUGAUAAUAAAUAUUUAUUUUAUUGGUUCAAGUAAUACUGAAGUUUUGGAAUGCUGCAGAGUUGUUUAGGCAGACAAAUUUAUAUAAAGCAUUUAUGCAUUUGACAUUGAUUCAAGAGAAUAUUUAAUUUUACUUUAUAAAUUCUUUUCCAUUACUGAUAUAUGUCCCAAAAGCAUUCUUGCUUAGGUAGAGCACCUCUCCAUCUCCCCUUAUGGCCUUGGGUAAUAAAUGUGGUAAAUAAAGAUGUAGUGAUGGCAAUAUCUAAGACAAUCUCAGGAAAAAUCAAGACCUGAUGCAUGAGGUCCCCAAAUGGUGUAUAGGUAGAAUCCUCAAAUAUAGAAUUUGCCUCUUCCUCAUUUAUACAUAUUUUCUGAAAAAGAUAUCAAACACUUCAUCUAGGUCUGUUAUUCUCAUCUUUCUUGCUUUUUCUUCUCUUUUAACAAGUCGGAUUUAUUGCUGGGAGCACAAAAAUGAAACAUGAAGAUGAAAUCAGUAUGAAAAAGAUCUGUAUUGGACAAUGUUAUUAUUGAUGGUGUUUGAUUGGUAAAUAACCAUGUCUUAAAUUUUAGAAACAUUUUUUUAAAAUUAAAAGAAUGUUACAGACUGACCAAUACUGUUUUCCAAUUUAGCAGGAAACCUAAUUCAUGUCUGAGAUACUGCGGUAAGUGUUGCAAUUGCAUGGAUGUGUAGGUUUUCCUAAUUUCUCUUUGCCAUCCUAAUACUACUAUCUAUUAUUUAUUUAGCUGUUAAGUGGGUGGGGGCAUGGUAAACCGGUGGGCUGCAGUAAUUAUCUUGAUAUCAAAUUAAAACUAACAUGUUCUUGAACCACAGAGUCACAAACAUUAACAGUUGUUAUGCCGCUUGCUUGCCUUAAAGAUACUUUAUUGUUACCAGCCACUUUUUAAGGUGUAAUAGGUGAAUUUAUCUUCUGGAAAUCUUUUGACAUUCCAAAGGUGCAAAGAUCUAAACUCCCUUCUUCAAAACUAUUAUCUGAAGUACUAAUUAAGAAGUACCCUUCCUAAGAACAUUACCUAGCUCCAAGCCUGGACACAUUUGUGUGGAUUUUUUUUUUUUAAUUUUGGAUUACAGCUUUUCAGUCUGAUGUUUUUCUUAGAUAUCUCAGUAUUCCUUUUAAACAUAACUAAAAUGGAUUAAGCUUACAGUAUAUCCAUGUCCCUAUUAAACAAUUUAAAAACUUUGUAGUAAGUAUAGUUGGCAUUCAUUGCAAAUCUUUGCCAAAUCAGCACAAAUAAGUUAAUAUAUCAAUUAUACUAAUUAAAAUGCUUGUUUAAAACGCUAUUUAGUCUAGGAAAGCUUUGUAUUUUAAAAUCAUAAGUCACUUUGGAUGUUGCUUGUGAAUGAAGUCACAGCUAGUCACAUGCUGUUCUUGGGAAUUUCAGUUUGCAUGUCAUGUUAAGAGCACUCUAUAGAAAGCAAUCACAUAGUAUAAUAUUUAGCGUGAAAUGUCAAGAGUUUCUUAAUGUAGUAUUUGGAUAUUAUACUAUUAACUUGCUCCCCUAAUCUGAAUGCACAACACUGGCUUCUAUGUACAAAUCUUUUAACUUUACUUAAAUCAUGACAACUUUGACAAAACUGCCUUCUGGCAAAGGGAAAUCCUCCAACAGAUUAUUAAAAUAUUUCCAUUUGGAAAUAACAGAUCUAGAUUAUGUUCCUUGGCAUAUUUGAGAGUUUCAAUUAAAUCAGUGAUUCCCAACAUGGGGCCCAAGCCCUACAGGGGUGCAAUUUGAUUUUUAAUGGGGGCAAUUUGAAUCUUGUUUAAACUAAGUUAAUGGCUUCUUCUGUGUGAGUAGAGUUACUUUUGAGUAUAGUAAUAAUUAUAUGUGGUGGGGAGGAGCAUCAGGAUUUUAAAGAUGCUUAGGUGGGGGAUGGCCAAAGAAUGUUGGGGCCCAUUGAGUUAAAUAAAUGAGACUUCUGCCUGAGUGAAAAUAAUUAGAAAUACAUUUUGUUAUUUCCUGCAACCAAAGGAAACUGCAGUGGAAAUCUUCAGGGACAGACAGUCUUCAAAGCUACAUAAGGACUUAGGAGACAAUCUAUUUAAGUUACUAAUGUUCUACUAACAGAAUGUAUGGUUCCACAGUUUGCCUUUAUUUUAUGAUCCUACUGGAGUAUAAUUUUUUUUAUAAUAAACACAUUAUUACUGCAUAGGAACAUAUUCUUCAUAUACAGUGUUUGAUCUCUUGCUUUGUGUUCAAAGCACCUUUAACAACAAAGCUAAUUAAAUACACCAAUACAAUGUUAUUAAGGUACCCGUAGUCUUGGUUAGCAACCGUUCAACAUUAUAAUAGCAUUGAAAAAAGUGACUUACAACUAGUACGCACACUUCGAACACUCACAGCUUCUCCAUGGUUGCCUGAUGAAAAUUCAGGUGUUUAGUAAUUGGCAUGGAGCAUUCCAGGAUCAUGCAAUUGCCAUUUACCAUAUAUUCUUCCUAGCCAGCUUCCUACAAGCAAAUAGGGGAAGCCAGAGUUGCUUAACCGUGUGAUUCACUUAACUACAAUGAUUCACAAAAACUGUGGCAAAAGAGGUCAUAAAAUUAAACACAAAACACUUAACUGCUUUGCAUAAUAAUGGAAAAUCUAAUCCUAAUUGUGAUUGUAUAUCAAGGACCACCUAUAAUCUGUACAGUUUCAUCACAUAUGAUACAUUGGUUGUUUUCAUAACCUCUACAACAAAAAACAUAGUAUCAAAAGGAUUUUAAGUUAGUCACAAUUUAACCAAGUGACAGGUAAUUUGCAUAGUUGCCACAAAGAAUGACAUUGUGAUAAGCGCCUUUCACCUGAACCCACAUUACGCAAAUGACACUUCAUAUAGGAAGAAUAACUCAGGAGAAGGUGUUCCACAUUUGAAAGAAACUGGUAGCAGUGGCUGUUCUGUAGUGUUUUGGGAAAGUAUAGGAACAACAAAUUUUAAGUUUAAUUUUCUCUCCCAUCAAUAACUGCAGUUCUAGCAAGGGAUUAUACAGUAUGUUUUCAUGGGUUGUAAAUAUAUUAAUUGUACAAAUUGAUGCUCAGUUGAUAUGCCAAGCUAAGACUUGUGGAUCUCUUAAUUUACUAUUUUAUUGGCAUGUCAUGUAGCGUGCCAAUAGAGGUAUAUAUAUUUGUCCUUAAUGAUAGAUCACUUUUCUGAAAGCUAUCUCAUUAGUUGCAGGUUUACAGUUGCCAGCUUCUGGCCUUCUCUGAAUGAUUAAAAUAGUAAAAAAUACAAAACUUUAUAAAAUAUAAAACUUUUUCCAGUAAAGACUAGGAAACAAUAAAAUAACUUUCAUUUUUCUGUUGUGAUCCCAAUUUGCCUUGGGUCUGUUCCUUAAUAAAUGGGUCAGUUCUCAGAGUGAAUGUAAACUUCACACCAGUUUAGUAGACUUCUCUAGAAUCCAGAUGCUAUGCUAAAACAAAAUUUUAUUUUUAAAAAAAUGCAAUUAUUUGUUGUAUUACAAUUGUGUAACACUAAACACUAAUUCAAUAAACAUUUUAUUUCUCUA